GAGGUGUUUCGCUCCCCCUCCUCCUCCUCCUCCUCCAGCUGCUCCCGCGCCGCUGCUUCUCCUCUUCCUCUCCUCUUCCUCUCCUCUCCGCCGCUUCUCCUCAUCCUCUUCCUCUCCUUCUACACCGUGGCGGAGAUGGCGGGCGUCGCGGCCGCCUCGUUCUUCUCGAACGCGUGUCGUUUCGGCGGCUGCGGGCUGCACUUCGACUCUCUGGCCGAGCUCAUCGCUCACAUCGAGGACAACCACAUCGACACAGAUCCUAGAGUGCUGGAGAAACAGGAGCUGCAGCAACCCACGUACGUUGCACUGAGUUACAUUAACAGAUUCAUGACUGAAGCAGCACGCAGGGAGCAGGAGAAUCAGAAGAAAAAAGUGCAGCCAAAACUUGCGCUUUCAGUCACGGGAAAUGUCUCACGUAACAACAUGUCCACACCCCCUCGUCAUAGCAACGGCAGUCUGACCCCACCUGUGACUCCGCCCAUCACUCCUUCAUCUUCCUUCCGCAGCAGCACACCCACAGGCAGUGAGUGUGAUGAAGAGGAGGUGGAGUAUGAAGACUCAGACAGUGAUGAAUCGUGGACUACAGAGAGCGCUAUCAGUUCAGAGUCCAUCCUGAGCUCCAUGUGCAUGAAUGGAGGAGACGAGAAGCCCUUUGCCUGUCCGGUGCCUGGCUGCAAGAAGAGAUACAAGAACGUGAAUGGUAUAAAGUAUCACGCUAAGAAUGGACACAGGACACAGAUUCGCGUGAGGAAGCCCUUCAAGUGCCGCUGCGGGAAAAGCUACAAAACCUCUCAAGGGCUUAGACACCAUACCAUCAACUUCCACCCCCCACUGUGAUUACAACACACACACACACGUAUUACUCAUAUUGGUUCAAAACACAUAACACACACAUUCUAUCAGUUACACACCUGCACACAGUAUGACAUCAGAUUCCUGCUAGCACCUUUUCUGUUCUCUCUCUUUUUUAAAUAGUUAUAUUUGUCUGUUUGUAAGUGUGUACUGUUUUGCACAUUCAUAUAUUUACAUAUGAAUAAUACAUUCAUAUCAUUCCUUUUUACAUCUAGUGAGAGUGGAUCAUUAUUUGACCACAUAUUUGCUUUUAAUGACCAAUCAUUGUCAUUUUUAAUUUAUAACAAAAUAUAGUAGUUAUGCUCAGCAAAGCUGAGGGAUAUUCUUUGAAAAGUCUUAAGUUGACAAGUUUAUAUUUUUAUUUACACAUAUGUAUAUAAUAUCUAUAAAGAAAUGUUUAGCAUGUGCAUGUAUUAGUAGCUGUACUUAAUAUGUUUUUAUGAAUUUUUACACAUACACACACCCACACCGUUUUAAAUUAAAUCUUUAACAUAAUAUAGUAUGUGCAAAAUCUGAAGGGGUCUGAAUACUUUUUGAAUCCUAUGUAUAUAUAAUUUAACGCAAUGCCUGUAUCUGUUUAGUGCUCAAAAUAUUCAUGUCUGUUUUUGUAUUCAGAUUUAACCCAAAAGUAGGCAUGGUCUAUGCAGUAACUUGUCAGUUUUUUUAUUUUUUUACGUUAGAAAAUUUUUUUUAAGCUAACCGUACCAUUAUGCCCUGAAACACUGGAAACCACCCCCCCAAAAAACAGGGAAUGUUUCUAAACAACAGCGUUGUUCCCAAAUUAGGAAAUUGUUAUUUAGGCUACAGUUGACAGUAAUAGCCAUCUAAUAUUAUUUUAUCAGAUUUACUUUGAUUUUUAGGUUUGUUACAUUCCAGAAAGAUCAGAAAAGUUCACUGGACACACUACCAGAAUCUACUGUAAAAGCUGAGAUGCACAUACAGUGCUGCUGUGAGUCAAACUGGGGUCCUUUAAGCACUGCGUUAUAAUGCCUGUGUGAUUUUCCGAGGUGAUUUUCUUUUAAUAACGGUAAAGAAUAGUCUGAAAGCUGCCACAUUCAAGUAAAAACCUCACACCUGUGCGAUUAUUUUCUUUCGUCCCACAGGACACACACACCUGCUGUUUCUUUCUGGCAAGCUUUCUAUAAAAAAAUAGAAUACUCCACCUGUUGUCUGGAUCUGUAUUUGGAUUCGUUUAGGAAUCAUUAUCUGUUCAGUCUGAAUAAUGUAUUUGGUUACUUCCCUAGUUAAUGCUGAUUUUGAUGGAUUGGAUUUGACAGAUUCAGACCCCUUCUGUUUUUACACACACUGCAUAUUAUGUCAAAUGGAUUAAAUCUUACUUUCUUGGUCAUUAAUUUACACACAAUAACCCAAAACACACAAUAAUGACAAAACAAAAAAUUUAUUAAAAAUCAAAAACUGAAUCUCUCAUUUAGACGCAUAUUUAGAGCCGUUAUUCAGUACUGUGUAGAAGCAGUUCAGCAGCAGUUCCAGCUUCGGGUGUUCUUGGGCAAGUCUCUACAAGCUUUACACUCCUGGAUCUGGGCAGUUUCUCCCAUUCUUCCUGGCAGAUCCUCUCAAGCUCAGUCAGAUUGGAUGUGGAGCGUCUGUGAGCUGCAUCUUCAGCUCUCUCCACAGAGUUCUCUGGGGUUCAGGUGUGAGCUAUUCCUGGGCCACUCAAGGACAUUCAGAGACUUGUCCUGAAGCCACUGCAGCGUUGUCUUGGCUGUACGCUUCGGGUCGUUGUCAUGGUGACAGGUUUCCGCCAUAUGCCUUUUACUCAGGAAUGGUUUUCGUCUAGCCACUUUACCAUAAAGUUCUGAUCAAUGGAGUAUUUCUGACGGAGCAUUUCUAAUUGGUAGAGUAUUUGUAAUUGAUUGUAAUUUUUAUUUGUUUUAUCUGGUUAUUUGUUUUUAUUUGUUUGUAAUUGAUUCUGAUUGAUGGUGUAUAUCUGAUCGAUGGAACGUUUCUGAUUGAUGAUGUUUGUCCAUCCAGAAGAUUCUCCCGUCUCUGUGGAGGACUUCUGAAGCUCUGUUAGAGUGGACAUUGGGUUCUUGGUCACCUCCCUGACCCAGGCCCUUCUAGCCCUUCCCGGUUACUGAGUUUGGCUAGAUGGCCAGCUCUAGGCUUGGAGUCCUGGUGGCUCCAAACUUCUUCCAUGUCACAAUGAUGAAGCUCACAAUGAUGAAGCUCACAGUGCUCCUGGGAACAUUCAGAGCUUCAGAAAUGGUUUUAUUCCCUCACCCUGAUCUAUGUCUCAACACAGUUUGAUCGUGGAGGUCCACAGAGAGUUCCUUGCACUUCAUGGCUUGGUUUUUGGUCUGACCUGCGCUGUGAAUUGUGGGAUCUUAUACACACAGCUGUGUGACUUUCAUUGUCCAGUCAGUUGAACUGGCCACAAGUGGAUUUCUGUCACCUUCUAGGGACACCUGAAGAUCAUAAUCAAAGCAAACAGGAUACACCUGAUCUCAAUCUGGAGUGCCUUUAGCCAAGAGUCUGAAUACAUAGCUAACUGAGAGAUUUCAGUUUUUCAAUUUAAUGAAUUUGCAAACAUUUUUAAAACAUUGUUUCCCAUUGCCAUUCUGGAUUAUUCUGCGUAGAUUAAUGGUCAAAAUUAAUCCAUAUUAAUUUGAAUCUGUAACACUGUGUCACACACACACACACACUAUAUAUAUAUAUAUAAAACACAGUCACCGUCAGGAACACCUGCUCAUGUAUGCAAUUAUCCAAUCAUCCAAUCAUGUAGCAGCAGCACAAUGCAUAAAAUCAUGCAGAUGCAGGCCAAGAGCUUCAGUUAACAUUCACAUCAAACAUCAGGAUGGGGGAAACGUGUGACUUUGACCAUGGCAUGGUUGUUAGUGUCAGAUGUGCUGGUUUGUGGCAAAUCUGUGGGCAAAAACACCUUGUUGAUGAGAGGGUCAGAGGAGAAUGUCCACAGUAGUUCAAGCUGACAGGAAGUCUAUGGUAACUCAGAUAACUACUCUGUACAACUGUGGUGAGCAGAAAAGCAUCCCAGAAUGCACAACACACUAAACCUUGAGGUGGAUGGGCUACAUCAGAAGAUCUGGUUUUUCCAUGCCACUGUUAAAGUCACUGAGAUCUCAUUUUUCCCCCAUUCUGAUGUUUGAUUAACGUUAACCGAAGUUGUAUGAUUGUAUGCAUUGUGCUGCUGUCACUUGAUUGACAGAUUGGAUAGUUGCAUGACGGAGCAGGUGUACAGGUGUAUAGGCUUGUGCGAUAUUGAUUUCUCGCAGCACGUUAAAUUAAAUUAAAUUAAAUUAAUUAAAAAGAAAAUUCUCAAUAAAGUAUUUAAUCAUCCAGAACAAUUAAAUAAGCCUAAAAAAGACAGGAAAAGGAACAUUUCCACCAUUUCAGUUUUAAGGAGAAUACAGGAGGGUGAAGGUUAAUAACAUUAGCAGUUGUGCAGAGUCAGAGUAACAAUGCUGCAUACUUACUCCAAUUUCUGUUGUUCAUGUUAGGAACACGUGAUGUUAGCAAGGCACAGCAGGAUUCUGCACACUAUACCCGCAGUAUUAGCUUUAAUUAGUUUUCAUUGUAAUGCUCUUUGUUUGGCUCUUUGGUGGUGUUCAGUUCAAUUCAGUUUUAUUUAUAUAGUGCUUUUAACAGUGGACAUUGUCAUAAUGCCACUUUCUUCUGCUUUGUUCUGGUGAUUACUGUGUAGGGAAAUUAUACAUGAGGGUGAGUCAAAUGAAAACCUUUUUUUUUUUUUUUUUUUUUUUUAAUUUUGCAUUGUUGAUUGCAAAUAGGUGUCACAAAAGUGUAUUGUUUUUCUACAUAAUCUCCAUUUUGUUUAAAGCAAGUGUUCCAGCACUUAAUAAGGGCCUGGAUUCCUCUAAAAAAUUCUAGUGCUUGCAUGUGCAGCCAGUAACUAUAAUCUACCAAGAGAACAACAGAAACAGCAUCUGCGUGUGAAUGGAGUCGGACCUCGCUGGGGUUUGUAAAGUGUUACAUUUAACAUAAUUACAUCUUUUUAGGUCAGAAUUUUCAUCCUUCUAUCUCUUUCAGUCAAAAACCCAAAGUGCUGUUUUUGACUACUUUUGGCCAAAAUGUUUCAGUGGCAUCCCUAAUAAAUAUAGUUAACUGAGGUUAAAUAUAUUCCUGUCUAAUGUUAGCUAAGCUGAACAUAUGCUGAUAGAUUUUAUUUCACUAUAAUGAACUCAACAUAUUCUCCAGUUACUUUGACGGAAUGUGAGGGUGCAGGAAUUGGCAGGAGGGGGCGGGGCUUCAGGGCAGUGUCAGGUAAAAUUGCAGAGUCCAAAACACCAGCGCAGAUCAGAUUCCAGGUUCACGUGUCGAUUUGCUCAUCUCUAGUUUUAUUAGGGAGAAAAACACUGCUUUUUUAGUGUAUUUUUUAGUAAUAACUGUACUGGAAUACUCUGAUAUUAAAUUGCGGAGCUCCUACACAAAAUCCAUAAUGGCUGGCAGGUCAGAUAAUAUACUUUACUUUAGUAUAAUAUAAUAUACUUUACUUUACUAUAAUAUAAUAUACUAUAAUGUACUAUAAUAUAAUAUGAUAUGAUAUGAUAUGAUAUUGUAGGAGUAAACAGCACUGGAUAUUGUAGCAGUAUAAUUUUGUGUAGAGAUGAUUAAAUUAUAUCGCACAAGCCUAGUUACUAUUAAAGUGGAUUUACAUUUUUUUAUUUUUCAAACUUAAUUCUUUUUCAUUAAUUCAUUUUAUUCAUUGUUGGUGGAGAAACGUUUGAGUCUCAUUGGAAAGACAUUAAUCUCAGGUCCCAACACUGCCACCACCAUUUAUACAACAGUAAUUGAAGCGAAAGUUGAGAGAGAUGAAAUUCCUGACAGCAUUACUACACCCAGUGCAUCAAAAUGUUCUGUAGUGAUAAAUCUGGAGAGAGAGGGUGAGAGUUUCUCCUGUGCUGCGAUUGCCAGCAGCUCUAAAGUGCCAAGUUAUUGUGUGAGUGAGAGUAAGCAAGUAUUUGUGGAAUUAACAGACCUGAAACUAGUGUGUAUGCACUCUGCACUCGACAGUAGUGUGUUUGUGGGUUUGCCUUUUUGUACAUCUGAGUUCUUCAUAGCUUUUUUGUUUUGUUUUACCAUGCUGCUUGCUUUUUCUCAUUGCAUGCAGUGUAUAUUCCCUGCAUUGCUGGUCUGCAGUACCUCUGCUUCAAGCCUUACUCUAUUAUUUUUUUGUCAGAAGUAUUAUGCUGUUAUGUUGCUGCCUCUCAUGUUAUAAGCUAUGAUGCCAUAGAUAGAUAGAUAGAUAGAUAGAUAGAUAGAUAUUUAUGCUGGCAGCAAUGUUUGACAGCAAACAUAUUUUCCCCAGAGCAGUUAACUUGCCUGAUUUCACGUGUACUGUAUGGUUUACAGUUUAAGCGGUAUACUUGUGGCUUGGUGACUGUCGAGCUAAGGGUGAUGAAUAAAAGAAUGUACGUGACACACAAUACAUAGUUUUCAUAUAUAGUUUGCUAGUAUCACUGAAAGAAGCGGUUGAAAAGCAAAAUCAGCUCUCUUCUGGUUGGAGCAAGACCAUCUUAUUCAGCAAAGUAACAGUGGUUCUCAGGACCAGCGUGGGCGAUCAGAGGCUGUCUGAAAGCUCACCAGUGCGCUCAAGUUAGCAAUAGUGUGAUAUAGUUGACCCCUAAGAGUAGCAUCUAAUGGUGACCAACCCUGCAUUCCAAUACUGUUUUUACUGUUCGGCUUGGGGGAAUCCCCUUCACCAUCUUCACCACUGCUGCACUAGCUAAUUAGCACACUAAUUAAUUACCAAGCCAGUUUCACUCUGCUUGCAUUUCAAAGGAAAUAAACUGUACACAUCACCAGUGAAAUCACAGCAUUUUGUUCUGUCAAGUGCAAAUGCACACUGACUGUAACAUCUUGUUUCCGUUACACACAUCUCCGCUCACGCUCCAAACAGCCAAGCACACACACUUCCAGUCGAAGGAGUAUGUCAGUGAGGGUGUGUUAACAGUACAGGAAUGCAGGCCGGGUGGUGUGGUUGUAAACAUGUGCCAUAAUGGAUCCCCCAUGAGGUGGCUCUUGGCUGUAAAUAUGGGAAAGCCUCAUGUUGCUGCUCUUACAUGUGAUCAGUUUUCAUUUCUGUAUUACAAGUGCUCGAUGCACAUUACUCACAAUAAGCUGUAUAUACAUCUGAUUCCUCAACAGUAUUUAAAGUUUAGUAUUUUUAAACCAUAAAUGCUGUGUAUUCUAACGUUCUGUCAAUCAUGUGAGAGAUUACCAUAAUGAUUGAUACAGUUAGGAAAGAAAUGACCAUAGGAUGAGCUGAUGUACUGUGUCCACAUGCCAAAAAAAAAAAAACAAAAAAAAAAAACCCACCUGUAAUGGUAGAGAAUAAGCAGUGUGUGAUGCAUAGUGCAGUGAACAGUGCCAGUUUUGAUACUUGAACAGAUGUAUAGUUCUGGUUUCACAUUGAUGUGGUGUCACGUUUGGUGUGUAGAAUCUCUUUCCACUUUAGAAUCACACUUUGUGUAAAUUAUAAACACUCAUACAUAUCAUUUUGUAGAACAACACCUUCACAGAGAGGAUCUGUGUGAUGAUAACAGUAACUUUAUACUUUAUACCUUUGGACUUAAAGUGAUUAAGGUGCAGUCUUCAGUAUGAGAGGCAGUUUGAUAUCCUGUAUAGUGAAUGUAUUGUAACCUCUUUGUAAAGUAGUUUUGAAAUUAUAUUUUCAUACUACGUUUUGUGAAAUAUUUUCUCUGUGGCAAAAGCUAUUUGUACGUGUGGCAAAAUUUGUAUCAAGUGUUCUUGUGAAUAUGAAAGAGUGUUCAGGUGUCUUUAUUUUAAAAGCUGUUUAUGACAUUUUGAAAAGGUACAAAAAAGUAAAAAUAAAGACAAAAAG